AUGCCCAUGCCAGAUAAAAUCUUAAUGAGGAAAAUUAAAAAAAGGGAAAAGAAGAAGGUGAAACUUACUGCAAAAAAAUCAAAUAACGACAUCACAAAAGAAGUAAUACCAUCAGAUGAAUCACCUAUUGAAGCCGUCAAAAGAUCCUUGGAAACACCAUCAAACAAUUCUGAAUCAAUACCAAAAAAAAAAAAGAAAAAUAAGCACAAGAAUGAAAUAAAAACAGAAACAAAUGAAGUAGAAAUAAAAGAAGAAGAGUCAGAUAUUGAUUCAGACAAUGAAGUAAAUAAUGGUGUACGAAAUGAUGACAAGAAAAAUGAGGAGAGUCAGUUACCAGGCUCCAGCUUAUGUUUGGGGAUAUUAUCAGAUCAAAAGUUUACAUCCUUAGAGGAUAAAGUUUGUGAACCAACACUUAUGGGGAUCAAAGACAUGGGAUUUACAACUAUGACAGAAAUUCAGGCUAAAGCAAUUCCUCCAUUAUUGGAAGGAAGAGAUUUAGUAGGAGCGGCUAGAACAGGAUCAGGAAAAACACUGGCAUUUUUGAUACCAGUAAUUGAAUUAAUAUACAAAUUGAAGUUUAAACCCAGGAAUGGUACUGGAGUUAUUAUUUUAUCACCAACAAGAGAGUUAUCAAUGCAAACUUUUGGUGUCUUAAUGGAAUUAAUGAAAUACCAUCAUCACACUUAUGGUUUGGUUAUGGGCGGAGCGAAUAGAAGUACGGAAGCACAAAAACUUUCAAAGGGAAUAAACAUUUUGGUAGCAACACCUGGUAGAUUAUUGGAUCAUUUACAAAACACUCCGGACUUCUUGUACAAAAACUUGCAAUGUCUUGUUAUCGAUGAAGCUGAUAGAAUACUUGAGAUUGGAUUUGAAGAGGAAGUCAAACAAAUUAUUAGACUUUUACCGAAACGCCGUCAAACAAUGCUGUUUAGUGCAACACAAACAAAGAAAACGGAAGCUCUGACAGCACUUGCUGUCAAACAUGAACCGGUGUACGUAGGGGUGGAUGAUCAUAGGGAACAGGCCACUGUGGAUUCAUUAGAACAGGGUUACAUAGUGUGUCCAUCGGAGAGGCGUAUGAUGGUGCUAUUCACAUUCUUAAAGAAGAAUAGAAAGAAGAAGGUGAUGGUAUUCUUCUCCACCUGUAUGGCUGUCAAGUACCAUCACGAGCUGUUCAAUUACAUAGAUUUACCUGUUCUGUCUAUACAUGGUAAACAGCAGCAAUCGAAGCGUACAACCACAUUCUUCCAGUUUUGUAACGCGGAGACUGGUAUUCUGCUCUGUACCGACGUCGCUGCUAGAGGACUGGAUAUCCCAGCCGUUGAUUGGAUCGUACAAUACGACCCACCGGAUGAUCCUAAGGAAUACAUCCAUCGCGUCGGUCGUACGGCCCGUGGUCUCGGUACGAGUGGGCACGCCCUCUUAUUCCUUAGACCUGAAGAAUUGGGUUUCCUGCGUUUCUUGAAGCAAGCCAAGGUCACACUCAACGAGUUUGAGUUCUCCUGGAAUAAAGUCGCUGAUAUACAGCUACAGCUUGAGAAAUUGAUAUCCAGAAAUUACUUCCUUAACCAAUCAGCGAAAGAAGCCUUCAAAAGCUACCUCCGGGCUUACGACUCGCAUCACCUGAAAACAAUUUUCGAUAUUGAUACUAUUGACUUGGCUAAAGUAUCAAAAUCGUUUGGUUUCACUGUUCCUCCCGCCGUUGAAUUGAAAGUUGCGCCUAAGAGCGGACCGACGCAUAAAAGGAAGGGCGGAGGCGGGUUUGGGUACUUUAAGAGUUUAAACGCUCCUGCCCAUAAAAAGGACGAGAAAACUAAAAUCUAUAGGCAAAAGGGUAAUAAUAAACGACCCAUACGUUGA